AUGGGCUCGGUUAAAAAAGACAACAGGCUAACUAGUUGGCAAAGUUUCUCGUGCGUCGCCUUUGCGGGGUUAUUCAGCAAAAGCGUCACGUCGCCACUGGAAGUGGUGAAGAUUAAAAGUCAGGUGGGAACAUUUCACUGUAAAAAAGGCUUCGGACAGACUUUUCUCCUCAUCUACCACAAUGAGGGACUCCGAGGCUUUUGGAAAGGAAACCUCGCCUCUUGUCUUCGCUUGUUUCCCUACACGGCAGUCCACCUGGCGACCUACAGAAAGAUCGUCCACCUCCACCUAGACAGAGCGGGCGUCAUCUCCCAGGCGAGGGCCAUCGUGGCGGGGGGGCUGGCGGGCGCGGUCGCCGCCUUGCUCACGUACCCUCUGGAGGUGGCCGAAACCAGGCUGGUUGUCCAGAACUGCGUGGAGCCUUCCUACGUGGGCGUGCUGCGCACGCUGGCCAAAAUCCAAAGCGCCGAAGGCCUGCCGGCCCUGUACAGGGGAUUUUCGCUCACCGUCUUGGGUGCCUUUCCCUUCUCCCUGGGAUGCUACCUGGUGUACACCAACGUGGACAAAGUGUGGCGGGAACCCCCUUUCCGCUUUUCGGCUCUGCAGAACUUCAUCAACGGUUGCUUGGCGGCAGCCGUGGCGCAAACCCUCUCCUACCCGUUUGAGACCGUCAAACGCAAGAUGCAAGCGCAGAGUUCCCGACUUCCGCAUUAUGGCGGCGUGGACGUGCAUUUCAACGGCGUGACCGACUGUUUCGUCCAGGUGGUGAAAAACAAGGGCGUCUUUUCUCUCUGGAGCGGACUUACCGCCAACACCAUAAAGAUCGUGCCUUACUUCGGACUCCUCUUCGUCUGCUUCGAGUUGUGCAAGCAGCUUUGCCUGUACCGCAACGGUUACAUCGUCUCGCCGUUGAGCUACGCGCCGGCGCCCGGCGUGGACCAGAGCCUGGGGCCGGCCGAGCUCCGGGAAGUGGAACGCUACCUGAGGAACAGGAGCUUUCGCUCCGACAUGGGAAACCGUUGGUGA